AUGGCAAAUGGACUGCAGAUGCUAUGCUUGGAGGGUCAGUAUCAAGACGAGUGUACAGAAUUGACCGAAGAGGUCUUUUUGUCGUGGAAGUCUGACCUUUCCAUUCACGGAAAUGACGAGAUACCUGGUCUGUUCUUCGCAUUUCCCCCGGGAUUUCUCUCGGGCUUUUCUAUGACUCAGAUGGUAUCUUCGAUGAUACUGCAGGACCUCGCAACUUCUGACCUCUCUAUCACCGAAGACACAGCUGCAAUCCACGGGAAUAUUCUGAAUCGGCGAGGAUGGAUCCAGAAAGAUCUCCACAACCUCCAUCUUCUGUCGUACUUGAGAAGGGGCCGUAUUCUUGUGUUGCAAAAUAUUGACAACUGUGAUCGCGCUAGCAGAAGGGCCCUUUGGGGGCUUAUUGGGAGGCUCGAAAGUGCAUCAGAAGAGAAGCUGAGGAUUGUGGUGUCUUACAAGCGCGGCUCCAUCGUUCGAGAUGAGCUAAUUGGCAUGGAGAGUAUAUGCCAGUCCUUUUCAUCCAACGAAAGGCCUGUCUACGAGCGCAACCUUUCAGAUAGCGACUACAUUGAGUUCCUCAUGGAACGCCUCUGCGUCUCCAAUAAUGGCAGGCAGCGGAUCUCCACAAAUCUAGAAAGACUUGUCGCCAUGAGCCAAGACAACUUGAGUUCAAUAGUCAAGCUGCUCCAGUCUCAUACCGGCUGGCCCGAUGAAGAAUCACCGGUUGCUUUGUCCAAAUUUGGCGACCUGCUCAGCGAUAUCUCACCAACAGCCUGUCCCGCAAAAGUACUUGAUUCCAUUCUAAGAUCUGUCGAUAACCAGCCUGCACUUUGUUGGAUUUUGCACUGGAUUCGCCAUGGGCAUCGGCCUUUGGCCGGCCGGGAGGCUGGAUCACUUCUAUAUUACCACGAAAACAGUACUCAGGCGAUCACAGACUUACCAUCGAUGACACAAGUGGAUUAUCAUCUAAACCAGCUCCAUAGCUGGCUUCCAGCUGUGGUGAGCUUCAAAGAAGACCGGCUUUAUAUCCACGAUCAUGUCCAAGGGAUUCUAAGGCAGGGUCCAAAUUAUAUCUGGAAUGAGUCCGAUAUAGUAAUAUAUGAGACUAUGGUAAGCUUUCUCGUCUUACAUCUCACACAUGAAACGAUCCGCGCCCAGAUUGAAAGUGCCUUUUGUACGUAUCUUAGCUACUACCUUGCUGCAAAGGAUAACAUCUUUCCUCAGAUCAUCGGGAAUAGCGAUGGUUUCCUCUUUUAUGCCGUCCAGGCUUUCCCUUACCAUUUGACAAGAAGCCAUCAAGCCAUACAAUCACUGGACUCAGCCCUCAUUCUUCCAGAUGGUAAUCUCACCCCAUGGGCUCAUAUGUUUUGGUCCAUGAGCAAUCCCUUUUCAAGGCCUCUGCCAAAAGCAGUCACAUGUGCAUAUGACUUGCUUCGACACCAAGAAGGACUUGAUCAAGACUCCCGAGAGAUACUAGAGAAGAUCGGAGGACGCAUCUCAGGCACAAAGAAAUGUGAACCUAUGGUUGAGCUGCUGCAUUCUUUACAGGCCGGCGAUGAGACCGCUGCUUUGGGCUAUGUCCACAAUAUUAUAUCUGACGCCAGCCAGCAAAUAUUUGAAGAUUCCGACACAACCGAAACAGAUGACAAUCUGUCUUGGAUGCCAGUCAUUUUAUGGAAAGCCACCUGGCUUAACAUGCCUCGUCUUGUCGGUGUUCUUCUAGAAAACAAGACACCAGUCGAUAUCCCAGACAGCAACACAUCUCGUUUCCCCUCUCCAUUGUACCUGGCAUCCUAUCUUGGGCACAUCCACAUUGUUCGUGUCUUGCUACAGCACGGCGCAGACAGUGGGGUUCUCCGCGAAGACAAGUAA